UGAUUUUGAAACUUGGGGGUUUCUCAUCGUUGUUUUGACUUUUGAAUAGAUGUAGAAAUGGCUUCGUCACCUCCUUUAUCACCACCAUCACCAUCUUCAACACUCGGGAAGUUAUCCCCCGUGGUCGUCUUCGCUCAUGGUGCUGGUGCUCCUUCAUCUUCUGAUUGGAUGAUUAGAUGGAAAGAAAAGUUGGGCAAGGCGCUGAAUGCUGUGGAAGUAGUUACUUUUGACUACCCUUACAUUUCUGGUGGGAAACGAAGGGCUCCCCCCAAGGCAGAAAAAUUGGUUGAGUUUCACUCAGAUAUUGUUAAAAAGACCGUUGCUAAGUACCCUGGGCAUCCGCUGAUUUUGGCAGGGAAAUCCAUGGGAUCAAGAGUCAGCUGCAUGGUGGCUUGUGAAGAAGAUAUUGGUGCUUCAGCAAUUGUUUGCUUGGGAUACCCGCUAAAGGGGAUGAAUGGAGCUGUGCGAGAUGAAACGCUGUUGCAAGUUACGGUUCCUAUAAUGUUUGUACAGGGUAGCAAAGACACUCUGUGUCCACUGGAAAAGCUGGAAGCUGUUCGUAAGAAGUUGAAACCAAGUAUUGGUUUGCAUGUAAUUGAUGGUGGUGACCACUCCUUCAAGAUUGGAAAGAAGCACCUUCAAACCAAGGGGUCAACCCAAGAUGCAGCUGAAGAUCUUGCUGUUCAGGCCAUUGCAGCAUUUUUAUCCAAGUCUACUGGAGCAAGUUAAUAUCUUUUGAACGCAAUAUCAAGGGUUGUAUAAUUUGUCUAUAUUUUGCUUCAUCAAUUUUCUUUUGAUCAAUGGCUUCAUGCCUUAUGUAAUGCUGAUUAUUUAUAUUUAAUGAAGUACCACUCAGUUUUAAUCUUCUA